AUGGUUGGCGUGGAGUGCCUGGCUAUUCUCAGCAGGUGAGCUUACCUGAGAAUGAACACUGCACUUGUGUCUGCAGGACACUGCUCCCUGCUGUUAGGAAGUGAAGAGUGCUAGAGCAGUCCAGCCCAGAUGUAUAUCAAAGAGGGUAAGAAAGAUGGUGGUGACAGCAGCCGUCAUACAUUACAGCAUGUGUUCUCCCCACCCCCUUGCUUAAGUUUGUGGGAUGGCUUCUCUAGUUGUUGGAGUGAAGUUGGAUUGAGGGCUUGCCUCUGAAGUCCAAAGGUCAGGGACCUGUUAAAGUUCUGAGCAGUGAAGUGUUAGCAAAGUGUCUAAGUUCCUCCAUAUGUUCUAGUCUUGGGGUGUUCUGUGCAAAGUGUUCUCUCUGUGUGUGCAGAGAACCCUUUCUCCCUCUUUCCCAUCACAAAAGUUUUCUCCUGGUGAGUUGUACGUAGGGAUGCGGGAGAAAUUCAGUUCAGCUCAAUAUUUAGAGUUGAGCUCCUGAAUUUGCACUUCCUGAAACAGCCCAGGUCUAACCCAGGACUUCCCAAACCUGGGUCUCUAACUGUUUUUGGAUUAUAAUUCCCAUCAUCCCUGACCUGCUAGCUAGAGAUGAUGGGAAUUGUAGUCCAAAAAACAAACAAACAGCUAGAGACCCAAGUUUGGGAAACCCUGGUUAACCAAACUGCAGCAGUCAUUCAAAAUUCACACUUGUCCGAAUUUUGCAAUACAGAUCUCCAGCUAAGUAAUGUGUACAAAAAUGCAUUUACUAGAGUAAAAAUGUGUUGGUAAAAAAUGUGUUGGUAAAAAAAAAAGGUAUAGGAAAAAGCAUUCUUAUUAGGUGAAAUUGCUUGCAAAAAUGUGUAUAUGUCAAGAUUGCAUUUAAAAGUUGCAUGUUAAGAAAAUAAGAAUGUAAGAAGAGCCUGCUGGAUCAAGUCUGUGGCCCAUCUACUGCAGCAUCAUAUUCUCAGUUUCCAAUCAGAUGCCUGUGAGAAGUCCACAAGCAAGACCCAAGCACCCUGUCCUACUGUAGUUUCUAGCAACUGAUAUACAGCAGCAGAGAAUAGUCAUCCAAUAUUAAUUUAAAAAAAAAUCCCCAAGAAAAUGCUGGUAAAUUUUAUGAGAACCCAACAAAAGAAAUUUGGAGAAGUGAACCUAAGACCUGGAAAACGAAAAAAUUAAAAAUAAAAACCUGAAAUUUGGGAUUUGCCCAUGUAUAAUUCUGUGCUCAACACAAGGCUGGAGAGAUACAGUUGAACCUUGGAACUCGAACGUAUUCCAGCCCGGAAGACCGUUUGACUUCCGAAAUGUUUGACUUCUGAUGCGCAGCUUCCGAUUGGUUGCAAGAGCUUCUUGCACUCAAGUGGAAGUCUCACCGGACAUUCGAGUUCUGAGGAACAUUAGAAAACCGGAACACUUACUUCCAGGAUUUCAGUGUUCAGGAACUCAAACAUUUGGCAACGGAGCUGUUCGAGUUCCGAGGUUUGACUGUAUAGGGUUAGAGUUAGGGUGCCCAAUUGUCGCCUGAGCCCCCCAUCCCCAAUGUAAUGUGGGUAUAGGAUUGCAUGUUAGAUUCUUUGGUCCCAUAUCUUUUUAAAACAAUAAUUUAUGGGAAUUUGGAUUUGUAUAUUGAAAGAAAGAGAGAAAACAAAAGUAAAGCAUGCCAAACAGAUAAACUUAAUUGCAGCUUUUGGUUGCUACUUUUAUAUGCCAUACUUUCACUAUUGUGGUAUAUUUACUCACUAAUGCUUCAUGACAUUACUACAUAUUGUAAUGUCACAUUGUUAUUACAUGACUGCACAUAUUCACCCUAAUUGCAUAAUUAUCUAUAAUUGCACUAAUUCGGUAAAGACAUAAUUGACUAAAAUCAACAAGGAAAUACUGCCAAUAGGAAAAAGGACAUUAGAGGAAGUAGGGCUUGUUUCCCCCCUCUCAAAUUAACUCUCUGAAAGCAUUCAGGUGUCCUUUAAAUGUGCUCCCAUCCACCUGGGGACUGCUUAUCGGUGAAUAGAUCCCAUUUGGUGGGAGAAACCCAGUGUGCAUGCGGGAGAUUCAAAUGGAAUCAGCACCCAAAUGAGUUGAGGAUACAGGGCACAAACAUGGGAGCUCAUGUGUGGAAAGGCUAUACUUUGGCCAUGGGGGGAAAUGAAGCUAAAUGGUAAAUAACAAAGAACUGGAUUUGACUGGUUAGCAGGAUCCUUCCUUUGCCCCACCUGCCGCGGGCCAACUUUGACAGGUUGGUGCGACUGCCCACCUGCCAGUCAUCUGAUGCCAGGUGACAACUUGAAAGGGGCUUGCUGUUUCUGCUUGAAGACUGUCUGUCAGCACUGAUCAUCUGAUGGGUGCCAACAGUCAUCCCCUUUGAAGUCCACUGGUAGGCAGUUUGUAUUCAUCUGAUGGGUGCUGAGAGCCAUCCCCUUUGAAGUCCGUUUGCAAGCAGUUUGAAUACUAGCUGCUGCAAACUUCUCCAUGGCCAUCAGUUGAUCAGCACUAAAAGCCCUAUCUUCUAUCCGGGAGUUCCGGAUGAGCUGCGAGAUCCAUUCUGUGGGAGGAUCAGAUCCACCUGUAUCAUCAUCACAUCCCUGGGUGGUGUCUGAGCUAAAGGCCAUUAGCUAAUUCUGACUGGAUGGUGAUACUGUGAUGUGGCUGGGCCACAUGAUGCUACAACUUGCUUGCUUUUCUUCACCAAAACAUUUGCAAUCUAUCAAUACCCUCCUUGAAAUGCGCUGGCCAGAUGUACUGUAGUUCUUUUAAAUAAGUGUAUUCUCCCCACCCACUCCAUUCUAGGCUAAGAAUGAUGUUGACCUUUUUUUUGCCACAGCAUCCCACACAGGAUUUUUGUUGUUGCUUCUGAUGUUGCAACUUCUAAUCCCCCCUCUUUUUUUUUGCCAAACUAAUGCAAAAUCAGUUUGAUCCUAGCUUGUGCCUAUGUGUGUGGUCACCUCUUGCUAUGUGGGAUUGCCAACUUCUUUUACUGGUCUCUUUCGUCUUGGUUGUCUCCUCUGGCACCAUAUUUCCUGCUUGCUCUUUGUUUAUUUGGUAGGUGGUGGUGCUCCCGCUGUGAACUUGUUUAUUUCAUUUAUCCAGCACGUUCCCAACUUCUGCUGCUGUGCUGAUCACUCACGUUAUUGGCCUACCCUGGCAAGUACGUGCUGGGACAUUAUUGGGGCAGGGAUUUUGACCCUCCCAACAUAUUUGACUUCUUGCAUGUAUCCGGGUUGAGGUAGUAGGUUGUAUGGUUUAGAAUUACACCAAGGGAGAUAACUGUACAACCUCCUAGCUUUCCCUGGGUCUUGCACAAAACAGCGAGCAUGGUGAAAAGGCUAUAAACCUUCGAGAAUGUUUUGCUGUCCACGGUCAAAUUGAGAAACAACAGGUAAGGUGUGUUUUGUGAAUCUUUUUUUAAGUCAAUGAAGUCUCCCUUCCCUGGUAUGCACCACACCACAAAGACAAAUCAGCUUUGUGGUUGGGCUACAAAGUUGCAGGCUGUUUAUGGAAUGGGGUGGUGAUGUCUGGACAUCUCCUUUGGGUCCCCUCCACACCUAUGGAUGGGAUUCUUUAGGAUGGGAUUCUGUAGUAGAAGGGACGGCCAAAGUGGUCAAACCUUUUGAAGUUAAUGUCCCUAGCCCUGUCUGUGAAGCAUCUCUCUGCAUGACUAAAGAGUUGGCCAAGAACUACUGUGUUGCCAUAGAAACUACAAGUGAAUGAUGCUUCCAGAGGAAAAGGACAGGACUUUCCCCCCCACCUGACUGAAGGUGAUGUUAUCCUGGGCUUAGAACAAUAGACACAAGGCCAGUUUUGGGCUGAUGUUUGGAGACAGACGGUCAUCGCCAACUAAGCUCUACUCAGUGUAUGUCCAUUUAAGUUAAUUGAUCUAACUUGGGUUUGUUAAUAGGUCUACGCCCCCAUGCAGCCUGAUUGGCCCCCUAAGAACCUGACGUGGCCAGGGUCUCUCCCAGCAUAAUGCGGGACACUGUCUUGCCCCACACUAAGGUGGGCGGCUAGGCGGCCCGACCACAACCCAGUCCCACCAGGAAAUGGACCCAAUUUCUUAGACUCUGGCCAGCUUAAAAGCUGCACAUUCAAGAAAGCACCUUGGUCACAUAAUUGACUUCUUCGGUUGUGGCUGCAGCCUGGAAUUUGCUUAGGAACUUUGGUGUCUUGCAUUACUGCAUCAGGUUCUGUUUUGUGAGCAUAUAUUUUGCUUGCUUCCCUGCCCACUCCUUUAAUUUCUCACAACCAAAGGACCCUAAGGACAAUUUGGUGAAUAUCUUAUGCAGUUAUGAGGCACUGAGAGGGGAUAAUGUGCUUACCCUUUUUGUAUUGAAUGCAUCACAGUGUGUAUGUAUAUAUAUAUAUAUCCCAACUCCCAUUUCCAGUAGAAAACAAGACACCCAAGGGCAAGCUCGGUUAAAACUUGUCUCAGCUUUGUUAGCUUUCUACAUGCAGGGCAUUUUUGAUGUGAAUCAGCCAUGGCGAAUCUGAAUUCACCUGAAUCAUAAAACUGAAAAACCUUGGGGGCUGUACUGCAUGCUUAGCCCUAAUAUGCGAUGAUCUGACCUGAUUAGCUCUAUGCCAGGGCUGUACGAAACUGACAGUCCCGGACCAUUCCUCAGCCAUCUCUUUUGAACUACAACUCCCAUCAGCCCCAUCCAGCACAGCCAAAGGUUAGGAAUUAUGAUCACUGUGGUCCAAACCAUCCAGAGGGAAGCAGGUUGGAAAAAGACUGGACUAAGUCUACAUAAGAGUGGGUGUACCAUGCAGGGUUCAGUGGUGCAUGUUCUGGUUUCAGCCACAUCAUUUGAAUUCUUGAGUUCAAGGGACAAUUCCAGCACUUCUCAUUUAUGCAGUUCAAUUGUACCCAGUGCUUUAAUUUCAUUGGCUCAGCCCACUCUCCUGUCAAUGGGACGGACAGAACUGCAUCAGAUGACCAUGAGUUGUGCAUUCUUCAGGGGUGUCUUCCUCCAUGAUAUGGAAGCAUCCAGGAAGGAAAAGGAACAUGUUGCCCACCACCUAUGAGACACUUCCAGCACUCCAGGUUUUGCACUGCAGCAUCUAGUAGGGAGCAUAUUGGUUUCCCUCUGGGUGCAUCCUCUGAUCAAGGGUUGGAGAAUCUGUGCCCCUCCAGAUAUUCUUAUUGGACUCCCAUUAGCCCCAGCAAGCAUGGCCAAUAACCAUGAAUGAGUAGACUCGGAGUCCAACAACAUCUGGAGAACCAGUUUCCCCCUCCUUUCUAUAAUUGCAUCAGUUUUUUUUAAGAAUGUGGUGAGAGACUGUCCUUAUGUUUCAUUGAAAUCUGUUGCCAACAGCAAAGUGCUUUGUCUCAUUUAUGCCUUCAAAAGGAAUAUAGAUAUAAGGACUGCAAAAUCACUUGGCCUUGGGAAUUCAUACUCCUAUUAAAGAUGGCACUGGGGAACCCAUUUUGAUUGGGUGUAAAAUAUUUGUGGCCAGUUCACAGUAACUGGCACUGGACUUAAAAACAUGGUAAGGGGCCCUUCCCCAUUUCAAACUUUUACUGGUAAUCAUGAUUGAAGGCAGAAGGGAAAUUACCCAGGAUCCACUAAACUACACCCACCUGAAAGUUCUGUUAUCUCUGUGUUGUCCUUUUCUAUCCUUGGAACAGUAAAAAAAAAAAAAAUUAAAAAUCAUUUUUUGCAGAUAUAUUGCUGUAUACAGGUUAGUGGAAAACAACCCCCUCUUUGUUCAUCUCUGGGAAAUGUUCCUUAACUUUGUAAACUUGAUCAAAUCAUAGGAAACGCAGAACAGGAUGGUUAACCUGGUCCCCUCUGGGUGCUGUUGUCCUUCAGCUCCCAUCUGCCCCAGCCAGCAUGGCCAGUGGCCAGGGAUGGUGAGAGCUUUGACUGAACAGCAGUGCUUUGAGUUCCCCAUCCAUUACAUAGAAUGUUGCCUGCUUCAGAGAGAACCUCCUGCUUACUAACUGGAACCCAUGAACAUUCCAGGACUGAAAUUAACAUGAAAGGUAGCCGUUUGGCAAUUCUGGAAAAGAGCAUUCAUAAUAAGAAUAUUGGACUGUUGAUUAAUUAUGGCAUUCCUAAUAUGUCCUUGAGUGCCCUUCUGUCAUAUGUCCUCCAUAUAUCCUUCUGUCGUAUGUUUUCCAUAUGUCUUGUCACUAAUUAGUUUUCCAUCAUAUGGCUUCCAUCACAUUAAUUAGACUUCCUGGAGAAUGUGGCAGUAUUGCAAGCAAACGUGGACCUUUUGCAGUGGGCACAGGAACAGCUAUUCUGUACCUUUCAGCCCUUGAGCGAUGGAGCAAAAGGAGAGAGGAACAGGUGGAAAGGUAAUGCGUCAAGAUAUGGACAGAUUUCUCACUUUGUCUCACACCUUGGAUAGUGCUGGGUCUAAAUAAUGCCUGUUUUGAGAUUUCUCCGUUUUCCUUUUACUUGCCUAUUACUACAGUGCAUUGCAAGAUACCUUCGACUUUUCCUUGUUUAUUUGCUAGAUGUUUUAAUGAAAACGUAGGGGAAUUCCAUCAGUCCUAGAUUCUUAGUUUAUUUUGCAAAGCCAAAGUGAGCAUUGCUCUGGAAUGAGUGGCAGAAGAAAAGAAAAUUCAGAAAGUUCAGAAAUGCAUCACUCUAAAAAGCAGGGUUUCUGGUCUGCUGUAAAGGGUGGAAGGUAGAUAGGAUCAGAGAAACAAGGUAUGUAGCUGUGAUGCAGCAACUGCAUUCCCUGGUGUUCCAGCAGCAUGUUAAUACACCAAGGAUGAUGUGCAGAGGUUCAUGAUAUUUCAAUAAAUCCCGUUUGCAGCUGUGAAAAUCUGAACAAGAGAACUCCAGUUCAUUCCAUAGUAGCUGAAAUGCAAUAUUAAAUUAAAUGCAAUGGAUGAGUUGUGGCUGACAUUUUCUUCUUCUUCAGGGGAUGUUUUUAAAAAGACAAGGUGUGCUAAGCCAAAAAGGGUUUUGCAUCCAAGGCCUAUGGGGCAGGAGGCUUCCCAGCAUCGCCCACUGACACUGGUAAGUUGCAUGAAGUGUAUUAUGGGAUACCAGAAGGGAAGGGACUCCAGAGUAUGCUAUCAGGGAAAUUGGAAUCUUGCCCUCCAUCCUUGCAUUGAUUGACGAGUGGGUAACUUUGAAGUACAUCUAUGAACAAUAUUCCUGGUCGAUUGUGCUUGUUUAUUUGAGAUCAGUCAAAGGAGAGUAAUGUAAUUAUAAUUAUAAUUAUAAUAAUUUAUUAUUUAUUCCCCGCCCAUCUGGCUGGGUUUCCCCAGCCACUGUGGGUGGCUUCCAUCAAAAGAUUUGGUUUUGUUUUUUUGUUUUUGUUGUUGUUUAGUCAUUUAGCCAUGUCCGACUCUUCGUGACCUCAUGGACCAGAGCAUACCAGGCACUCCCGUCUUCCACUGCCUCCCGCAGUUUGGUCAAACUCAUGCUGAUAGCUUCAAGAACACUGUCCAACCAUCACGUCCUCGGUCGUCCCCUUCUCCUUGUGCCCUCAAUCUCUCCCAACAUCAGGGUCUUUUCCAGGGAGUCUUCUCUUCUCAUGAGGUGACCAAAGUAUUGGAGCCUCAGCUUCAGGAUCUAUCAAAAGAUUAAAAAUACAUUAAAACAUCAGUCAUUAAAAACUUCCCUAAACAGGGCUGCCUUCAGAUGUCUUCUAAACAUCAGAUAGUUGUCUAUCUCUUUGACAUCUGAUGGGAGGGCAUUCCACAUGGCGGGUGCCACUACCGAGAAGGCCCUCUGCCUGGUUCCCUGUAACUUCACUUCUCUCAGUGAUGGAACUGCCAGAAGGCCUUUGGCGCUGGACCUCAAUGUCCAGCCAGAAUGAUAGGGGUGGAGACACUCCUUCAGGUAUACUUGGCUGAGGCCGUUUAGGGCUCUAAAGGUCAGCACCAACACUUUGAACUGUACUCGGAAACAUACUGGGAGCCAAUGUAGGUCUUUCAAGACUGGUGUUAUGUGGUAUCUGCAGAUGCUCCCAGUCUCCAGUCUGGCUGCUGCAUUCUGAAUUAGUUGUAGUUUCUGGGUCACCUUCAAAGGUAGACCCACGUAGAGCGCGUUGCAGUAGUCCAAGUGGGAGAUAAUAGAGCAUGCAUCACUCUGGCGAGACACUCCGCAGGCAGGUAGGGUCUCAGCCUGUGUACCAGAUGGAGCUAGUAGAGAGUGGAACCCAUGAAUUCGGGGCCGGAAUUCCUACUCCAGUUUGGAUAUUCACCACAUUGUUAUUGACAAAAGAUGUAGAUUUGCUGGCAUGAGUUAUCAUAGGUGGUGUUGGUACAUUAUCACUCCCUGCUGCAAUGAGCAAUUAAGGGAGUCCUGGGUUUAAGAAUUAGGCCCAGAAUUUUUCUUGGAUUUGGGGGUGUGAGGUGAAAACACCCCCCAAAAUUGAUUUAAUCUUCAGGAUAUGAGUGCCCCCCCCGAAUUUCCGUAUCUUUGCAGAGAAAGGAAAGUGGUCAGUAACACUGCUGCCCACUCUCCAUUCCUGGGGCGGGUCUGACCCAAGAGUGAAGAGCAGGAGGAGAGUCAGCGACAGCUUCCCUACCCUUCUCCUUGCUCAUGAGUAUGCCCCCAUGCCACUUUGCGAGGUGAGCUGUAGUGGGCUCCCUCUGUGCCCUGCCCGCCUUGGGGUGUUGGCCUACACUCUGCAACUGGGCUCCACCCCUUGGGCUUCUGCCUCAGAUCUUUAGCCAAACUCACUCUCUGUCUUCCUUGUCUUCAUCCUUGUCUUCGCCUCUCUCCUCCAGUAGUAAAAAGGCCCAUUUAAUAUUCUAGCUAGCCUAUCCUCCAACCCACCAUAAUUGAGUAGAACAAAAUUCUUCCUCUCAUCAGACCACUUCCCCUGUCCAAUGAGUGACCAAGAAUUUCUACCUAAUAAGCCAAUUAGAAGUGCAAUUUUAUCUUAGAACACACAAGUUUCGCUUUCUGAAUGCAAUGCAUUCCCAGGAAAUCAUUUGUUAAGUGAGCGUUCACAUAAUGAGCGGAUAGUUUCCAUCAUUUCCUAUGGGAACAUUUCUAAUCCAUGCUUUCUCCCUCCAUGCUUCCUACCUGAAACUGCUGCAGCUAAUUAACAAAAGCCAAACAAAGUGGGGCGGGGACUGUUUUGCCCCAUCUCUCCUGCUGCCUGGUUUGUCUAAUAGAUUUUUCUCCUUCCAUGGUUUCUGCCCCAAAAGGCUGCUGUCAAUCAGUGAAACACAAACAAUUAAGGAAGUGGGCAAACUCCAGCUGUUUGGAUAUCUGAACCAGUCAUUUGUGUAGUGAGGUUUGGGUAUAAGGUUUGUGUAGUGAGGGUUUUUUUUUGGGGGGGGGGUUAUUAGGUUGUUUUUAUUUUGAUUAUGUAUUUUUAUAUUUUGAUUUUAUUCUGUGAACGGCUCUGAGACCUCCAGGUAUAGGGCGAUAGAUAAAUUCAAUAAAUAAUAAUAAUAUAAUUCUUUGUGUUCAGAAAACUGAGAUUUCAGAUAAUGAGCAUUCCAAUAGCUGGACCUGUGUGCAUUUAAAAGAACUCAGUUUUUCCCAGGUCAGCCUUAUUAAAGGAAGUAAUCAGUCACCAAUGGAUACUUCGUAUUUCAAAUCUAACCUUUUACAUUACCCCACAUACACAUACAUUGUAUCUAAACCAAGUCCUGCUCUAGUAAACACAUUUGAAAAGGUGAUUUCUCCAUAUCCACUUACUAGAGAGUAAGCCCCAUUUAGCUCCAUGGGGCUUACUCCUGAUUUAGUCAUGCAUAGGAUUGCAUUCUAAGUCUCCCUAAUAAUCUGCCUAUUAAACCCAGUAAGGUUUGUGUCUUUGCAGAUUACAAAUAAAUGUUCCUCUGAGCCUGUUGCAAAUGUCAUAUUAUUUUCCCCAGGCACACAUCUCGCAGGAAAUGCUAACUUUGGUCCCACUCCUCCAGCAUUGAUUUGUGCUUUUGUUUCUCUCCUUGAAUGUCAAGGAUUCCAACUUCUAGAAUUGGUUUCCUAGUAUACAGUGAGGCCCAUAAACUGAAUAAUGGAUUUACUUCUGUCAAAGGUAUAAAAAGCAUUUGGAGUGUUUCCACUGAAGUUCUAGGCAAUUUUCUCAUACAUGUGUUUUCAAAAAGCUACUUCAAAAACAAAGGGUGCCACUUAAACUUGCUCAUGGUGGGUUAAGAGAAAUGUAUGUUUCUGUUAUAGUUCUGUAGAAGGGAGGGUGAACCUGUCUUCCUCCAGUUGUUGUUAAGUUUCAGCUCCCAUAACACUUGGCCAUUGGCCAUGCUGGCUGGGACCCAUGGAAGCUGGAGUCCAGCAAUAUUUAGAAGGCCACAGGUUGCCCAUUCCUGGUGUCCACCAUCCUCUACAAGAUAUGGCAAGAGAUCUUUGGUUUUGGCAUCAUAAGUUGAAAGCUAAACAACAAAAGACAUGCAGAAAAGGCUAUGGUUGACUGUGAGCAAAAAAAGGGAACACAUAAAUUGGCAGCAGUUCUCACACUUUUCCACAGACUGAUUGGAAAUUGUUAGGAGUCUUGCUGGACCACAUAAGCAUCAACAUUGUCAAAAUCACCACCAAAAUCACAGGCCAGGCUGUGAAGAAGGUCCCGUUUCAUUGGUAAUUGGGGGGGGGGUGUGGAAUUAGUAGAUUGCACCAGCUCCAUAUUAUGAAAAUCACAAAGCCUUAGCCAGGCCCUCUUUAGCUUGUUAAGUCAAUCUAUUUCUGGUCAGGCACAAAUACAAGAUGGGUGACACCUGGCUUGAGAGCAGUACAUGUGAAAAGGAUCUAGGAGUCUUGGUUGACCACAAACUUGACAUGAGCCAACAGUGUGACGUGGCAGCUAAAAAAGCCAAUGCAGUUCUGGGCUGCAUCAAUAGGAGUAUAGCAUCUAGAUCAAGGGAAGUAAUAGUGCCACUGUAUUUUGCUCUGGUCAGACCUCACCUGGAGUACUGUGUCCAGUUCUGGGCACCACAGUUCAAGAAGGACACUGACAAACUGGAACGUGUCCAGAGGAAGGCAACCAAAAUGGUCAAAGACCUGGAAACGAUGCCUUAUGAGGAACGGCUAAGGGAGCUGGGCAUGUUUAGCCUGGGAGAAGAGGAGGUUAAGGGGUGAUAUGAUAGCCAUGUUCAAAUAUAUAAAAGGAUGUCACAUAGAGGAGGGAGAAAGGUUGUUUUCUGCUGCUCCAGAGAAGCGGACACGGAGCAAUGGAUCCAAACUACAAGAAAGAAGAUUCCACCUAAACAUUAGGAAGAACUUCCUGACAGUAAGAGCUGUUUGACAGUGGAAUUUGCUGCCAAGGAGUGUGGUGGAGUCUCCUUCUUUGGAGGUCUUUAAGCAGAGGCUUGACAACCAUAUGUCAGGAGUGCUCUGAUGGUGUUUCCUGCUUGGCAGGGGGUUGGCCCUUGUGGUCUCUUCCAACUCUAUGAUUCUAUGAUUCUAUUCUAUGAAAAUGGCCUCAAAAACAAUAACUUCAGUGCCAAGCCAAUUGCAGAUGUUCUCAUUACUUCCGCAACCAUUUUGCAACCACUGGAAUGGAGCUCAUAGGCCCACAGUUGGAGAAAUAAGCCAAAAGCUUUAUUUAUUGCAUUUUCAUGCUGUAUUUCCUCCAUCAUGGAGCAAGGUUGCAUUCAUGGGGUUCCCAGACCAUUUCCAUUCCGGGCACUGAAGAGACCCAAAGUAGCUUAGCUUCAACAAGGUGGCUGCAUCACAAGCUAUAGGCAUUGGUGGCUUGGUAGAGGAACUCAAAGGUCAUCCCAUGAUAGACGGUGUAUAGUAGUGAUUGGAAUAUUCAAGUAGAUGACAGGGAACUGGUGGCCUUCCAGAUGUUCUUGGAUUCCAGCUCCCAUCAGCACCAACCAGCAUGACCCAGAGUCAGGAAUGAUGGUAGCAGUAGUCCAACAUAAUCAGGAGGGACACAGGUUUCCCCAUCCCUGGACUUAGGGGUAGGGAGAUCCAGCUUCAAAUCUCAUGAAACUCGCUGGGUUAUCCAGUGGACCAUGGAUAUCUCUCAGCCUAAACCUGCCUCACAGGUUUGUUGUGGGGAUAAACCGAUGAAGAUAUGCAUCUGAGCCUGUUUCUGUAUCCUAGUCUGUAAGCAGUAUUUCUAGCCAGUUUCCCAGUUUGAAAUCCAGGCCAGGAUAUUAGCAGCAACGCUGAGUAUUCAAGGAGAGAAGCAAAAGGUGCUGGAAUGAGGUAGCAUGCAGGCUCAAGGCUCAUUCUUGGUCUGAUUAACCAUGUAUCUGUCUUAUUCUUAGGCUGAUACACCAUUGUUUCUGGACUGA